AGCGGUUGGGCAAUUUAUUCAACGGAAUAUAACAUACAUUUGUAUGUAACAAAAAUUACAAGAAAAUACAACUCGGACUCAGAAACCAAGCAUGCGUUAUUUCAAGCUGCCUCUGCGUGUCACUGUGCUACUGUGUUUUUUGAGAUGAAGGCGAGCAAAAACUGCCUCGACUUUGAAACAGGAACUGACGUUAGUCUGAGAUGGAUAGAUACAUUUCCAGCUGCAGGAAAAAUGGCUUCAAAGAUCGCGGAGUUUAAAAGUGAUGUUAAAUCAGUGAUCCUGUGAACGCUAUCAUCUGUGGACAUUCAGACUGAUUCUGCUCAGGACCCACUGACACCAACACUGGACCCUCUCCCUUGAAUACAUGGCCCCUGCUAGUUGACACCAUGGCCCAGAUAUCCAGUGGAAAUGGGUUCGGCCAGGAUGUGUCGCCCUCUCCAGGGACAGGGCGGCCCAAGGGGGCGGUGGGGAGGGAGGAGGCCCUGCGUAUGGAGACUGAGGCUCUGGCCAAACUGCAGAGGGAGAAGAGGCACACGCUUCCUGCAUCCUUGCCUUCAUCGUCUGCGUCGUCAUCCUCAUCCGCUGCCAAGCCCCUGACUGGUGCCCCCCAUGGUGCGGCCUCUGCCAGCAGGCCCGAGAAGGACCUCAUCGUCUUCCCAGAGUCAGAGGCCAAGAAGAGGGCGGAGCAGGACCGUUUCCAGGACAUUGAUGUGGAGAAGCUUACUAAUGAGGAGCUGGAGAAGCUCCUGCUGGACGAUAGUUUUGGGGUGCAGAGCAAAGUGCCCCGACCUUCCUCCCUGCUCGGCUGCAACCUGAGUGCUUCUUACCCAGGCAGCCAGGCGUUCACCCCUUCUCUCUUCCACGGUGGCCGGGGGCCCUGGACCCCUUCAGGCUCUGCUUUGCAAACCCCCACCCCAACCCGCCAGCAGACCCCUGUCUUCCCCCCUGCACCCUUCCCCAAGCCCCCUGGCUCCUUCCAGAACGGCCUCACCUCCAGUCUGCCGGCCUUCCGCGCUCCAGACGGCCUCUUCCUCAGCCUGGCUGCCCCGCCUCCGUUCAUGGCCUUCCAGCCCAUUGGAGCCACCUCCCCCAUGGUCUUCCAGCAGCCCCCCGCCGUAAACCCGGAGAUGGCCAAGCUCUUUGACAAGAUCGCCAGCACGUCGGAGUACCUGAAGAACGGGAGGUCUGCCAGCACCGACCUGGAGUCGGUCGGCGUCAAAGCCCUGUCCCCCAAGCCCCCUGCCUCGGAGGCCCCCAGCAUCAGCCGCUUCGAGUGGCUGGACCUGGACCCCCUCAGCAAGCGCAAGGCUGAGUGCGAGGAGGCCCCGUGCGCCCCAGAUGGCUCCGUGACGGUGAAACCCGGCCCGGCAGGGGACCCCUGGGACGCCGUUCUGCUGGACGAGAGCGAGGGUGCCGCCUCCGGCGCCCCCCUCACUGAGGAGAGGAGCCAGCGCCCAGCCAGCACCCAGCUGCGUAGAGCUUCGACGGGGACCGCUGUGACCAGGAGCCACUCUCUGAACAUCCCAGCUGCAUCCUCACCGCACAGCCAAAACCGCCAGGACAAAGAGGGAAAUGGGAAAUUGUCAGCAAAGUACAGCUUCCUUCAAGGGAUGGAGGCCCAGAACGAGGAGGUGGUAGCCUUUUGUGAGGACAUUGCAGCCCUGAGGUCCAAGUUCCCUUACGAUGACGUCGUCACCAACCCUGGGUAUGUGCUGAGCCCGGUGAUCCCGCAGAGGGACAUGAACAGUGACCGUGGCAGCAGCGUGAAGGUUUCCAUAGAGACCCCCGGCUCCCAGGAGCCCGUCACCUUCACCUGCGACGUGAGUUCCCCGGUGGAGCUGUUAAUCAUGCAGGCCCUGUGCUGGGUUCAUGAUGAUCUGAACCAGGUCAACAUUGGCAGCUACAUCCUCAAAGUGUUCGGCCAAGAGGAAGCUCUGCAGAAUAAGCACAGCCUUGGCAGCCAUGAGUACAUUCAAGACUGCAGGAAGUGGGAAGCAGAGAUCAAACUGCAGCUUCUCUCCCAGGGCACCAUCCGCAGAGACCUCGCCCGCACGGCAGAGGAUGACUCCGCCCCCAUCAGUUUGGAGGAAUACCUCUGCCACGUAGAGAGACUCUUCAAGGAGACCAUCUCUAGACAGAGCCUCAGUGACUACCUGGACGGCUAUCACAAUCAAGUCAGCGCGUGCCUGCAGAACGAGAACACUCAGUAUAAGACGGUAGAUCUGGUGAUCCAGACGGUGAAGAAUUUCUGCUGUGUUCUGGAUGAGGUUGAGACCCUGGCCAUCACGGAGGCGGUGAAGAGGGUCAAACGUGCCGUCAACCUCCCCAGAACAAAGACCUCGGAGGGUUCUGUGAAAUCCUCUGGUGGUUCUACUAAUGGCUGUGUCAGCCCCGUGGAGGAGAGCCUGGCCGGGCUCACCGCUGCGGUGCACGGCCUGGCCACGCUCUACCUCCGCUCCUUCUGCCCCAUCGUAUCCCAGCAGCCUGAGCGGCAGCCCAAGGAGGGCCGCAGCAGUAAGGAGGCCUCGGGCACCACGGACCACCUGCAGUUCACCCUGUUCGCCGUGCACGGCAUCCCCAACGCCUGGGUCAGCAGUUAUGAGAAGUACUACCUCAUGUGUGCUCUGACCCAUAAUGGAAGAAACCUGUUCAAGCCGGUUCAGUCCAAGAAAGUUGGCACGUACAAGAGCUUCUUCUACCACAUCAAAUGGGAUGAACUGAUAAAUUUUCCCAUUGCUGUUGCCCUGCUGCCCUUGGAGUCCAUGCUGAUCCUUUCUCUGUACGGGAUACUCAACCAGAAUGCCACCAGCUCCCCCGACUCCAACAAGCAGCACAAGGGCCCCGAACUGCUGGGCAAGGCGUCCGUGCCCCUCUUCAACUUCCAACGGGUGCUGGCACAGGGGACCAAGCUGCUCCCCCUGUGGGCUCCCCUCCCUGGCUCCGGUAGACGGAAGGCCCAAACUGAGAGGAUCAUCCUGCAGGUGGAUUUCCCCACCCCAGCCCUGGACGUCCUGUACGUGGGCCCCCAGCCGGCCAGCUGCCCCGACCCCCAGUCCCUGGAGAGCCUGGACCCAGACCUGAAGAGGCGUGCUGAAAAGCUGUGUGGCAGAGCCUCUACUUUUGGGCUGACGCGAGCGGACCGGCAGCUCCUGUGGGACUCUCGACACCACUGCCGGGCCUUCGAGGGCAGCCUGCCCAAGGUCCUGGCCAGUGCCCCCAGCUGGGACUGGGGCAGCAUGGCGGAGAUCCACGCCCUGCUGCACCACUGGCCCCCCCUGUCACCUGUCUCUGCCCUGGAGCUGCUUGACUCAAAGUUUGCAGACACAGAGGUGCGGAACAUGGCCGUCACCUGGAUAGAGGGCAGCAGUGAUGAUGAGCUGGCUGACUACCUGCCCCAGCUGGUGCAGGCCUUGAAAUUUGAGUGCCAUUUAAAGAAUGCCUUGGUGAUGUUCCUUCUGUCUCGAGCACAAGGCAACAUCAACAUCGCUCAUCACCUGUACUGGCUCCUGCGGGACGCGGUGCAGGACCCCUGUUUCGGCGCGCGCUACGAGACCGUUUUGGGGGCUCUGCUGUGCCUGUGCGGGGCGGGCCUGCGGGCGGAGCUGGAUAAGCAGAUGCGGCUGGUGCAGCUGCUGGGGGCGCUGGCGGAGAAGGUGCGGCAGGCCAGCGGCUCCUCUCGACAGGCCGUGCUCCAGGACGGCCUGGAAAGAGCGCAGUCCUUCUUCCACACGCACACCUGCCGGCUGCCCCUCAGCCCCAGCUUGGUGGCCAAGGAGCUCAACAUCAAGGCCUGCUCCUUCUUCAACUCCAACGCCGUGCCUCUGAAGAUCGCUCUGGUCAAUGCCGACCCGCUGGGAGAGGAGAUCAAUGUGAUGUUCAAGGUGGGGGAGGACCUGAGGCAGGACAUGCUGGCCCUGCAGAUGAUUCGGAUCAUGGACCGUAUCUGGCUGCAGGAAGGUCUGGAUCUGCGCAUCGUCAACUUCAAGUGCAUCUCCACCGGCAAAGAUCGAGGUAUGGUGGAGCUGGUCCCGUCCUCUGACACCCUGAGGAAGAUCCAGGUGGAGUACGGGGUGACGGGGUCCUUUAAGGACAAGCCCCUGGCCGAGUGGCUGCGCAAGUACAACCCCGCGGAGGAGGAGUACGAGAAGGCGUCGGAGAACUUCAUCUACUCGUGCGCGGGCUGCUGCGUGGCCACCUACGUGCUGGGCAUCUGCGACCGCCACAACGACAACAUCAUGCUGCGCUCCACCGGCCACAUGUUCCACAUCGACUUCGGCAAGUUCCUCGGCCACGCCCAGAUGUUCGGGAGCUUUAAGAGGGACCGCGCCCCGUUCGUGCUGACCUCAGACAUGGCGUACGUGAUCAACGGCGGAGAGAGGCCGACCAGCCGCUUCCAGCUGUUUGUGGACCUCUGCUCCCAGGCCUACAACAUGAUCCGCAAGCACUCCGGCCUGUUCCUCAACCUGCUCUCUCUGAUGACAUCGUCAGGCCUACCAGAGCUCACCGGUGCUCAGGAUCUGAAAUAUGUCUAUGAAGCGCUGCAGCCCCAGGCCACCGAUGCAGAGGCCACAGUGUCCUUCACCAGGUUGAUAGAGUCCAGUCUGGGCAGCGUUGCCACCAAGUUCAACUUCUUCAUCCACAACCUGGCCCAGAUGCGCUUCUCUGGCCUGCCUUCCAGCGACGAGCCCAUCCUGUCCUUCUCCCCGAAAACGUACACCCUCAAGCAGGACGGCCGCAUCCGCGACGCGUCCAUCUUCACCUACCAGAAGAGAUACAACCCGGACAAGCACUACACGUAUGUGGUCCGAGUCCUGCGGGAGGGGCAGGGCGAGGCCCAGUUCGUGUUCCGCACCUUCGAUGAGUUCCAGGAACUGCACAACAAGCUGACCAUCCUCUUCCCGCUGUGGAAACUGCCCGGGUUCCCCAAUAAGAUGGUGCUGGGCAGGACCCACAUCAAGGAUGUAGCAGCCAAGCGGAAGGUGGAGCUCAACAGCUACCUGCACAGCCUGAUGAGGAGCUCCAGUGAGGUGGCGCAGUGCGAUCUUGUUUACACAUUCUUCCAUCCGAUCGCCAGGGACGACAGGACGGAAGGGUUCGAGGGAAUGGCCAGGCCCACAGAGGUAAUGCCGGUGAGCCCUACCUCAGGGAGGGUCGAGGGGGAGGUGAAGUUGUCCGUGUCGUACCGGAACAGCACCCUCUUCAUCAUGGUCAUGCACAUUAAAGAUCUGGUGUCGGACGACGGAGCAGACCCCAAUCCGUACGUCAAGACCUACUUGCUCCCCGACCCGCACAAAACCUCCAAGCGUAAAACGAAGAUCUCCAGAAAGACCAGGAACCCCACCUUCAAUGAAAUGCUGGUCUACAGCGGCUACAGCAAGGAAACCCUGCGUCAGCGCGAGCUGCAACUGAGCGUGCUCAGUGCCGAGUCGCUGAGGGAGAACUUCUACCUGGGCGGGGUCACGCUGGGCCUGCAUGAAUUCGACCUCAGCAAAGAGACUGUCGGCUGGUACAAGCUCACCGCCGUCCCCUACUUUUAAAGUCUGCACAACUCGCGGCAUGCCUAGGGGGACCACUCAAUCUCUCCCCUCCAAACUCAGCGCACCUCCAAUUACACCCCCAACACUAAUCAUGGUCGUGUCCCCUUAUGCACAGUAUAUUUUUGUUCCCAGAAUAUAUAGGAAAGCUGUAUUAAUAUUUUGUACAUUUGACGUUGGAGGACCAAAACCAGCUCACUUUUGAAGAGUGUGUAUAUAUUAAUAUAUAUGCAUAUAUACAUACUGUGUAUUUGUAAAACGGCUCAUUUUUACGUUUCACUUUUUUUUUUUUUUUUUUCUACGAAGCACAUUUUCAGAUGGGAAGCGCUGAUUUUUCCCUGUGAGUUUGUGACGCGUGAGCGUGUGGGAAGGCCGCAGUGCUGUGAAUGCGGUGCGCCCCAAAGCACGUGCCAAAAACGAAAUGCGGAUCGCGAACCACUUCCCUCAGUGGGACAAAACGUGUGACUUCACCUCUGAUAUUCUUUUUUUCAUCCGCUCUGCACACGGCCUGUAUUAUCGACACGUUAUUCUCAGUUAAAACCUUUAUCCAGUGAAAUGUUUCUCCGACGUUCAGCACCACUGCAGUUACCACACUUCCUCAAGAUGUCAGUCGGGCUAACUAUGGAAGCACGUGUGCAACCAGGGUUGGUCCGUACUCUAUUUCUACUAGGUCAGUUCAGGAAAUGAAUAGAAAUUAAAUUCAUGAAUCAAUAAUGAGCCAUAAAUGUUCUCUUUCUUUUUUCCAAGAAAUUACUUAAAUUUCGAUUCAUUUCCUGGACUGACCAAGCAACCCUGAUUAGGUUCAUGAGUUUUAAUGCUAUGAAUUUGGCUUGUAUAUAUUAAAUAACUCCCUUCUUGCCAUUGCAUUUAGACUAAAGGGAAUGACAAUAUCAUGAGACUUGGAGCAGAGAGAUUUCUACUGCAUGUGUACAAGUACAGUUAAAAGAGGAAUUGUGUUCACUUGGAAGUGUAUUUUUUUAGACGAUUUCAAAAGUGGAAGCUUAUAAAAUCAACAUCAUGCUAUAAAAGAGUGAUUUCAUUCUUUUAAUAACUGUAAAAACAUGCUGAAUUUACAUAAAUAUGGCCAGUUAUUUAUUUUUAAUUGGUUGUCUUUAACCUGGAUAGAUCAGUAUGUACUGUAAGCCUUUUUCCUACAUGAAACAUUUUUGAAACUAGGUUUCUAAUGAAAUUGAAUUUCUUAUUUCUGUAAUGAAGUUCAAUAUAAAAAAUGUUAUUCAUCCAUUUAACUCACCAGAUGCAUAUUUUCAAUAUGCUUUGGUAAAGAAUAUUUUCUUAAAACCAAAUAAAUGUUACCUCUAA